CUCACUCUUGUUCCUUCUGCUUGAAUCACAGUCCCUUGGUCUUUCUGCUUCUUGUAUUUGUCUUUGUUGUGCUUUUUGCCAUGACACCAUCCCCUCUCCCAGUGCCUUCCCUCCAUUUCUGGAAGGCUUAUAAUUGCUCGGGCAGGGAAACAGCAGCUAAGAGCCUCUCCUGGCUUCCCUCUUCAUCUUGUUGAGGCUGCCAGUCAGAAGGGCCGCCAGUCCCGCAGCCUCAAGUGGCCUACAGCCAAAGAAGGGCGGAGACCAUGGGGCGGGAUUGGUCCUAGGUCCACCUCAUAAAGCCUAGGGCGAGGGGCGUGAGGCGUUCUAAAGGAGCCCUGGAGGGGCUGUUUGGUCCAGUAAACCCCAAAGGCUUAGUCGGGGCUCUGCAGUGUCAUGCCCCGGAGCCCCCAGACCGUGCGGAGCUGGGCGCUGUUGCUGCGGCUGCUGGCAUUGCUGCGGCCACCGGGACUGGGCGAGGCGUGCAGCUGCGCCCCCGCGCACCCCCAGCAGCACGUCUGCCACUCUGCGCUUGUGAUCCGGGCUAAAAUCUCCAGUGAGAAGGUAAUUCCUGCCAGUGCAGACCCUGCUGACACUAAAAAAAUGAUCCGGUAUGAAAUCAAACAGAUAAAGAUGUUUAAAGGGUUUGAGAAAGUCAAGGAUGUUCAGUAUAUCUACACACCUUUUGAUUCCUCCCUCUGUGGUGUGAAACUAGAAGCAAACAGCCAGAAGCAGUACAUCCUGACUGGUCAGGUCCUAAAUGAUGGAAAAGUCUUCAUUCAUCUUUGCAACUACAUUGAGCCCUGGGAGAACCUGUCCUUUUUGCAAAGAGAAAGUCUGAAUCAUCACUAUCACCUGAAUUGUGGCUGCCAAAUCACCACCUGCUACACAGUGCCCUGCACCAUUGCGGCCCCCAACGAGUGCCUCUGGACAGACUGGCUGUUGGAACGAAAACUCUAUGGGUACCAGGCCCAGCAUUAUGUCUGCAUGAAGCAUGUUGAUGGCACCUGUAGUUGGUACGAGGGGCGCCUGCCCCUCAGGAAGGAGUUUAUUGACAUCAUCCAGCCCUAGCAGGGAACAGUGACCACCACAGUCUUUCAGGAGUCCUGAAGACCAAGCCAGUUCUCCUUCCCUGCAGAGCUCGGGCUAUCACCACCUGCCUCACUGCUGCCAGCCAAUGGGAAGUACCAAGUGGACAGUCUGGCUAGUAUUAGAACAGGGCUGAGGCACGUUCAGCUUACAUCUGGACCCCAGCUCAGAACUUGUCAAAGUCUAGGGAAAGUAGCAUGACUUUUCUAUCUUACCCUCAGCCCUUCUCCCCUGCCUCCCAAACCCUUUCAGUCUAGCCAGUACCUAUUACUGAAAGUUUUAAUUCUGGCUUAGAAUCAAAAUAGUUUGGGCCAGAACUAUUCCCUUUUCUCUCUAGGAAAAUGUGUUUUCUCUUACCUUAAUUGAUCUGAUCAGGAAGAAAUGGUAAUGUUAUGUAUAUGAGAUGGUUGUCUUCUGUCAACCAGAAGACAGGUUGACAACAUCAUAAACAGACUGCUUUAGAAGAAUGAAAAGAAUAAUAUACUAUGGCUAUAUAUCCUCUACUACAAUCCCAACUCAUCCUGAUUGUCUCAUACACUUCCAUCUGUUUAGGAAAGUGACUUGAAGGGGCAUAGAGUCAUUCAAUAUGAGACCUACAAUGGCCUAACCUCCCUCCUCAUGCUGUAAUCUCCUCUACACCAUUCCUGGCAGAGGGUGUGGCCCAGUUAGCACACCUCUUCGGAUAAGAAUAGACUUAGGUUUUGUCUCUGCAGGUUAAUUAUCCUUAAUGCCUUCAACUGAUGUUCAUAAGGCUUCUUUUCUGUUUCUUUUAGAAAGUCCUCUACUAGAUUACUGAUGUCUUAAUUCCCACUUAAAAACUUUCUUUUUAAGCCAAAAAAAAAAUCCCUUCUCUUGUAGAGUUAAAAUUCCCCUUUAGUUUUUCACACCUCAGACAGAUCUUAAGAGGUCUUUUUUUGAGAGCAAAUUUCAGGAUAGAGGAUAGGACAAGAAUAACAUAAGAGACCUUGAGGGAAAACAAUGGUAGAUGGAGAAUAUAUUUUUGCAAUUUUUUUGUUUUCUUUCUUUCUUAAUUAUUUUAGUGGUCAGCCUUGCUAGAUAUUAUAGCAGGAAAAAUCCAGUUUCACUUCCCACCCUCCCUUUCGCUCAGUCCCCUUACCACUGUGUCUUGGAUUCCCUGAGAACUCCAAGCACAGACCACUUAGGUUUCCUCAGCCUCUGCAAGGCUUCCUUGCUUGUCCUAAAAGGACAAGUCCCAAUGUUGAUCUCAAGGGUUUGUUAAGGACAAGGGCUAAAGUUCCAGAGCCUCUCACUGGGGAAGCUCUGAAAAGAUGAAGGAGGUAGUUCUUUUCAAGGCUCAAGGUUGUUGUUAUUAAUCUAUGUGUUGAUAAGCAGGGCCAUGCACAAUAUGCCAGAAGAAGGCUCUUGAUUCACAGAAAUGGUACAAAUGGAGAUCCUUUUUGGAGAAGGGAGUGAGAAGGAAACAGACAUAAUCUCUGUCCCAUGGUACACUUAGAAUGCUAUAGCAGAGAAUCUCCAUUGGUGAGUUAAGUACCAUCACCAAAUCACCAGGCAGGCCUGGGACAGAGGACAUGGGGACAGAAAGGAAGAAGGGAGAGUGAGGUCGAGGUCUCCAUGGAGGAAAACCCAUAGCAAUAGCCUCUGUACCAACCAACCAUGCCAACUCUCUGCUCCUUCUGAUAUCCUUGGAUGGCCUCAGAGAAGGCAUAACGUUAACCCAGUCUUCUCACAAUCUUGACGAAAGCAAAGGGAAUGGAAGGCCCUGGUAGUAAUAACAGGAAUAACAUCUGACACCUGAGGGGUGCUUCACACUUUUCCAAAAGGCUAUUACUUAAAAAAGAAAAAACUCAGUUAAAUUGUUUACCAAAUUAGACAACCUGGCUAGAAAUAAUUAUGCCCAUUUGACUUUUCACAGUUGGGAAAGUGACAAAGUGAGUAAAUGUAACUAGUGCAAUGAUGUGGCAGAGUCAGGGCUAGAACCCAAAGCAGAUCUUUUGAUUAAUGCUCCAUAGAUUUGCUACUUUUUCAGUUUGAUAAAAUGCCUUAUUUCUGCUCUUCCCUAUUCUAUCUCCAGAUUUUGGAAACAAGGGGCGAUCAGCUAAAAUCCAGCCACUCUGGCCACACAUAGCAGGUCUGCAGUUUGACCCCAGGAGAGUCUCUGGGGUGGAGAUACUGAAGCCCUCUUCAGGGCCCCACUGUUAUCAUGUGAUUAAGCUCAGGGUGGAAAUAGUAAAGGGACUGAAGUCCCCACUCAAUCACCUACCAUUUCUUUAUGGUUGGGGUAGUAUGUCUGCUCAAUGAGUGGAAACUUUUCUCCUCCCAAUGUCUUAUAGAUGGCCACCAGCUGGGCAAACUGUAAAAGAGAGGCAAACAUUUCAGCUUAUCUGGACUACUUAGAGAACAAACAACACAACAGUCUAUCAAAAAAUAUUUAUUGAAAAUUUUCUCUUUUGAGGGUUUUGUGCAAAGUGCUGAGUAUAUAAAAGAGAUGUACAAUUCCUAUUCUCAAGGAAUGUGUUCUGUAAUUAGGGAAAGGAGAGAGUGAGCUAACAUUCAUUCAGUGUCUACUCUAUUUUAAUGAUAUUUCAUUGAAUCCUCAUAUUAAAUUGAGAAAAUACAUACUUUAUCACCUUCGUUUUACAUAUGAGACCCAAAGAGGGUAUAAAAGUUGCCUGAAGUCAGAGAGCUGCAAAGCUGUGAAGCUGAGAUUUAAAAUUAGGGUCUUUAAUUCCAAACACCUGCAUCUCUAGAAAUGGCACGUGAUGAAUUGAAGCUAGAUAGGUAACAUGGUCCAAAUCUUGGAAAUUCAAAUGCCAGGCAAAGAAAUGGUAGCUUUUCCCUGUAGGCAGUAUGAAGUCAUCAGAGUUUGACCAGGGGGUGUCAUGAAUGAAGCUGUUCUUUAGGAAGAUUUUGAUAGUCAUGUAUAUAGAACAGACAAACAGACCUAGUAUUUCUGGGACUUACUACUUAUCUAAGAACUGAACUCAGCUGGAUCCUUUACCCAUGAGAAACCAGAACAGCUCCAUGAGGAAAAGGUGAAGUACACAUAUGUACAGUGUCAGGAUUGGAAGGCCUUUGGCAGACAUCUAGCACCUUCUGCCCACCGCCCCCCCCCCCCGCCACCUUAAUAAGUGAAACAACUGAGGCCCAGACAAGUCACUUACCCAAGGUCACACAGUAGUUGAGCCAGAUUCAGAGCCAGACCCCUUUAUUCCCAAUUCAUAAUUCUUUUUAUUCCUCCAAGUAGCUGCCUUUCAGGCUCUGUAAAAACCAUGCUCUUGCCACAGGAAACACACAGUACUUUCCUACUCAAUUCAUUCACACCCCCUGCUCCCCCCCCCCCCAUCCCUAGUGCAUUGGCAGCAGGGGUAAUUCAGCAUCCUUCCUCCAGUGCUUCUGGGUUAUUUCACAGCCUAAGCAACAGAUUUUUGGAACUGCUAGAAGGAAAAGCUGCCUUCCAUUUUUCAGAGAAAGGAGAGCUAAAACAUUUUCAAAAGCUCAGAUCCUAUUCUUUAUAAGGGAUGUUGGCACAUGAGCCAGUGAGGAAGAGGGGGCUGGAGUAGUAAAAGCUCAGAACUGGGUUAUUGGAACUGAAGUCUUUUGAUUCUUGUUCUGCCUCUAACUUGGUAGGUAUACUUUGGCAAAUGAUUUCUCCUCUCCAGGCCUCAUUUUCUUCAUACAUAAAGUGAGAGAAUUGAUCAGUUCCUCAAACUUUUUACCACAAACAAUAUCUUUUGUUACAUAUCCUCCUGAACUCCAUCAUCAAACUGUAGUUUAAGUGAUCAUCUGCUGUGGUCCUUUUAUGAGCAAAGAUAAUUUUUUUACUGUUUUUGAAAAGCUGGAAAAUGUUGAAAUUUCUGGAUCACAUCCCUUAGUAACACAGAGUUGGUGACUCGAGAUCUCUGAAAGUAAGAUUUGUAGACUCUCAAGCCCCUAAGAUUUUAUUAUUGAAAGGGACUUUAGAGAGCUCUGGACCGAAUAUCUCAUUCUACAAAUGAGGAGACUGAGGCUAGAGAACUGAAGGGAAGCCUAGGCUCCCAGACCAUGCCUGGAAUUGAGGCUGUCAGGUCUCUUCUUGCCUGGUGCAUUCUUUGUUGAACCCUGCUGUCCUCACCAUUCUAUGAUUCUUCAACUUGUUUUCAUUAUCAAGACCAACCCCUCAUACCUUUCCUGCCUCCUCUGAUUCUAUCUACCACCUCAUCUGAUCUUUAAGUCCUGCCUGCCCACCUCAGCCUGGCUGGACUCCUGCUCUGCCUGAGUUUCCAAGGCUCUUCAGCAUCCCUAGCCAGCUCUGCUUAACAACCUCUGUCCUGCUGUAGCCCACGCCCUGGCAUGGCAUCAAGGCAUGUGAGUCUCUAUCUUCCCAACAUGUGGGAGACUUACACAGGCACCACACUGAUGCCAGGACAGCCCACGGCAAACUCCCAGUCCUGGAACAGCCAAGACUAAAACGGUAGCCAGUUCCCAAGCACUAGUUGGGUCCCUGGGAGCUCACCCUAUCCUCCUCAACCUUAUCUCUAACAGUCCCUGUCUGUUCAAGGUACUGGGUUUGGCACCUAACUCCUGCCUCCUUGGAAACUUAGAUUAAAUCACAAGCACACAGUCACCAAUUAAACAAAUGUAAUAUCUGAUAAGGGUUAUUUCCUCUAUGUAUAGACAAAAGAAUGGAUUUGGGAGCUGGGGGUGGUGGUGUUGGCAACAAACAGCAAGAUAAUGUUCUUUAUAACCACUCAUCCAAUGAAUCAGGAAAGACUUCUUGGAAGAAAUGGGCUUUCAAGAUCAGUCUGAAUUUAAUAAUUUAUCCUUAUCCCUCCUGGAAAUAAAACAUUUAAUUCAA